GUAUUAGGAUCAUCUAGCUUGAAACUGAUAACCCAAGCUGAAGGUGCAGGUUUAACCUCUUCUUUGUGGUAGUUUUUGUUUAUUGUUUGUGUUUUUUUUCUAUUAGUUUCUCUCAGCAGCAUUGUUUCUAAGCAACACAAGAAAGCAGCAGUCCUGCAUGAAGCCAUAGCCUCAUUUCCCUGGCACACAAAGGAGGACAGAGGCAAGAAAGGAACAGCAACACCAAGAGGGAAAUCUUCCUCAUAAAUACCUGAAGUCAGAGAGGCUCCAAACCCAGAUCCUGAGGCCUAUUGCAAAGUUGAUACAGAUCCCACUGAGCUUAUGUUACAGUAAGAACUAUAAUAUGGAAAGAAAACGCCUGAAGAAAAAGAUAGAAAAACUCCUGGGAGAUUAUGUUGGCAUCAGACUACGAGAAAAAGAAUUUGAUCCAAGAGGACAAAGGCCACCCACCUUUCUAGAUGACAUGGUCCAUUACAACUUAGCCCUCAGUGUUGCUUUGCUGUGGCUUAGUGACUUGGAUGCUCCGAUUGCACUGACAGGAGAGAAAAUGAACUCUGCAGCUCACAACCAAUACACAUAUCCCAACCGAACUGAGAGAGAGGCUAUGAUAUUAUCUUCAUACGCUGGGAUAUUAAUGAACAGCAUUCCUGUAGAAGAGAUCUUUGAGAUUUACAGCACGAGGCCCUCAGCAACACACUGGCAGAGGUCUGCAAAUGACCGCUGGAUUCAACCUUUCAGGUUCUCCCUGCACCCAUUUGCCAUGCUGACUGCCCCUGAAGCUGCAGAGUAUGCCUGGAAGCAAAGCGUCAAGUACCAGACAGGAACAGCACGUGGAAAGCAACUUCCUUGUUCAGCAAGGAGAGAUAAAAAGGACCACAAGCAACUGGACCCACUGACCAGAGGAAAGCAACACGUUGACAAAGGAGCUACAGAAGCAAAACAAGGAAUCUCUCCAAGGAAUCCUGGAUCAGAUUCAAAAGUGAGGAAUGCAAAGGAAGCAAAGACAUAACAAAAAACUAGACUUCACAUACCUCACUUAGUUGUAGGUGAGCUAACUGAUGUCUUCUACCUUAGCUUUGGGAAUUUGCGUUUUGUUUGCAACUUUUGUUUUGGUUGAUUUUGGGGUGGAUUUUUGUUUGUUUUUAAAUCUUAGCAGUCAUUCCUUCCUUCCUUCCCAACCAUCAUAUCUUACAUCCAAGACAUUCAUUUCUCUUCCCUUAGCCAGUUCUCUCCUGCUGCCCUGCCAGUGUGUUGGGAGCUUACAUUUUCCCAGUGCAUCCCUACUGAUUCUCAAUGUACCAUGUUACUUUUACAGAAGCAAAGAGAGGAUGCAGUAUUUCAGAGGCAGGGAAUACACACUUCCCCUUUUCCACAGUGCUUUGCAACUCCCACAUAUGAUCCAUUGUUGGGCAGGAAUGAGCUUCCCUACACGUUACAUGUGAGUUGUGUCUCUCAGGAUGAUCACACUUUCUUCAGCUCUCCCCUCUAACCAUCCUGCUUUCUUAUUUCAGCAAAGGGCUCAGCUAAAUAAAAAGCCUCUCCCUGCAGUGCCAGUGUAGCACUGAAGUCUGUCUUCCAAUCUCCAUUUGUAGGUCUCUGAUAGUUUGCCUCUGUUAUGUCCAUGCUGUGUUGCCAAAGAACACUCCCCAUUUCCUAGAUGGGCUGUCAACUUUAAUCCUUGUACUGACUCUACCUUGGAAUAUGAGUUGGAUGCGGUUCUCCUUCCACGUUCCCCUCUUCCUCUGUCAGGAAGCUUAAGCACACAAUAUGGGGUGUUUGCAUUAGACUCUUUCUACCUAAUUCCGUAGAAAUUUCAGGGCUCAAUGGGGUUGAAGUAUUCACUGCUGAGAGGUGUGUUUAACACUAACUGCAGGGUAGAGAGACUUCAUUAGGGCUCUUUACAUAUAAAAAUGGUAAACAUGAAGAUUUCCGGCUACUUGUAGCCAGGGGAUAGACAGUUAUCCAAAGUAUGGUCACAUAUUGUACAGCUGCAUUAACCCAUCUCUCUUGGAGAUGGUCCUGUACUCUAACACAAAACAUCUACUAAAGGAAAAAAAAUAAACAUUUGUGAAGCAAAAACAUUUUUCUCCUAUUCUCCUUUCUGCUAGUUCUCAGUCACUGAGCCUAUUUGUGGAGAUGCCAAAAGAGAGCACUACACAGGAAAGCCUGGGAAUGGUUAAACUUAAUCAGGGAAUAAAGGGUCUUUUAGAAGUCCUCAUGGACUCAAAGCUUACUUUUAUCUUACCAGGUUCACAGUGUUUGGUUUUUUUAA